UGAAGGGAGGAAAAGGGGACAAAAUUUUAAAACCACCCGCCCAACAUUUAGCAUUUCUCGUUGCCGAGAAGUUUUUCGUCGUCAGUGGAGGACGUCCCACUAACACCCGAUAUCAAUCCCCAUACCUAACAUGUGAGAUGUCUUCUACACUGGAGCGGAGGAAUACUUAAUUAGGAUAGAAUCGUACCUUGUAAUAAUGAUUUUGUCCGCAAGGCGACGCUUUUUUAUCAGAAAAGUGUUGCGUAUGAUAUGUUGUAUGUUAGUCGACUGGCAUGUAUCAGUCGUUACGCAGUGAUUUAGUAAGAUAUCUACUAAAUGAGCAAACAUAAUUGAAAAUGUGUAAAUCAAUGCAAUUUCUUUUAGGUAUCCCUAUACCUCAUAGUAGAGUCCUAAUUAACAUUUUCAAUCAAUUAUGAUAUUUUUUACUGAGGCCAUUCAUGUUUCAAGCAAAUAACAGCAGAUAGUCAACUUCUCUGACAUAACAAAGGUCAAGAACAAGGCUACUCUGAUGAAUACAAGAAAAUUAGCAAUAUCAAACUGUGAAUCCACUGAGAGGAUGGGGAGGUGUGAUUGCAUAGGAAAUGACCUGGACCAAAUGACAUAUUUCAAGACAAAAAUGUACAUUUUUGGUUCCUGUACCAUGGUAUUACAACCAAAUGACUUGAAUUUGGUAUAGAGAUGCCUGCUAUAUAUACCCACAGAACUUCAGAAUGAUUUAUUUGAGAUUUUGAGGUAUUUUUAGACCAAAGGUUGAUGUGGAACAUUCAAUUUUGCAUUUGAGAUAAGGUGGGGUGAAAUAUGCUGAAUUUGCUCAUAAGCAAAUGUUGGUCUUUCUACUUAAAAAGCCGUUUGGGCAGUUGACGUCACGUAAGUUUGACACGCCCGACUCAAAACGCAGUUAGCCGCACUGGAAACAUGCGCGACAAGUCAGUGAACAUCUGUAUGGUGCCAUCUUCAAGAAAUCACGUGCGUCCGCCCUUUUUUUAACCUCCUUGGUCCGCCACAACAACAAUCGAUACUUCACACCAUCAGGUGAAAAACUCCAGUAUGCAGGGCACAAGACUUCUCGGUGCCGUCUUCUUGCUUCUCCUCUUUUUAAUGAUGACAUCGUUUUACGACGUCCAGCGCAAUGGUCUCACCAUGAUUUUUAUGGAUGCUUCAAGACCACAACUUAAGCAAAACGUUUCUCACCACAUUGCACUUCAAGACUUCCAGUCCCAAGCUUCAGUCACAAACAGCACACAGUGGGAUGUGACAUUACUCAGUGACACAAAGGAUAUGACUGAUGCAUCAUCUGUAGCUCUGUCUAUUCCGAGCAACGGAACUUGUCGGCCUCAUGUUAACGUCGCCUUCAUGAAAGUUCACAAGUGUGGGUCUUCUCUAAUCUUCCACAUGCUCCUCCGAUUUGGAUACGAGCACAACUUGACUGUUGCUCUGCCACGUCAAGUAGGCCUAGAAUUUAUAGGCAGCUUGGGGACAAUCAAGGAUGACGACUAUCUGCAUCCCCCUGGCGGAAAACGCUGGAACAUCUUCGGUCACCACGCGUUUUACAACAGAACACGCUUUCGACAACUCAUGGCUCCAAACACAAGGUAUGUUGCGAUUCUUCGAGAACCACUGCAACGGGUCCAGUCUGCUUUCAACUAUUUUCGUAUUGAAAAAGGCUUUCCUGGACUUGCGAAACAAACUCCCAAAGGAAUUGCUCCUGUCACCACCUACCUUGACAGACCGAAAUACUGGGAUCCACUGUUCAAGGUUGAGCUUGUAAGUCCUAAUAAGCCCUUGGCAUUGAUGAGGGAGCAUGUUUGUGUCCGAAACUGCAUGGCGCGCGAUCUGGGACUUGCAGAGAGAGAUUACGAUAACCACACCGCUGUUGAGGAGUUUGUACGGGGCAUCGAAAAUGAUUUUAAAACAAUGCUAAUCUUGGAGUAUCUUCCGGAAUCCUUGAUUCUACUGAAGCGACGCAUGUGCUGGACUCUUCGCGACAUCAUUUACACAACCGGGCGUCACUCAAGAAAUGUGAAAUAUACAUUCAAGGCGUCUAUAACGGAUAAGAUGAAAAGCACGUUCUACGAGCACAACUACGCCGACGUGCUGUUGUACACUCGUUUUAACGAAUCGUUUCACAGGCAGAUCAGUCAGGAGAGCGCUGACUUUCAAGAAGAAGUGAAUCAUUUCAGGCGCGUCAUCAGCGACGUCUCUAAGUACUGUCUUUCGUCGAAGACAAGAAAGGGAAACUUCGUCGUUGAGAAAAGCAGAUGGAACGACGCUUUUUCCGUUGGCAGUUUGCUUUGCGUACAAUUACGUGAGCAUAGAACAUACUGGGACAAGUUCCUUAGACUUAGGUAUCGGCAGACAGGGUACAAAGAUGUAGGGAAGGUAGUUGUUCACUCUAAGAAGUCACGUCGAAAACCUAAAAAAUCACGAAAACGACGUACACGUCGGAAAAGGGGCUAGCAUGAAAUAUGCGUAAAGCCGGUAUUUUACUUACUGUAACAGUAAAUUGGAUUUGUGUAAUACCCUUGAAUUUAUAAUGGAAAUAUUCAAAACGUGCAACUAGCAAGACUACAAAACGCAAAGCGCAAAAAAGUUGAAGGCUUUUUAAAUCAAGGAGGUUCUUUUUGGACAAAUUGAGGCCGUACAUAGGGUAUUGAGGUCACAUGAGCCACUCCAGACCAUUGCGAUUUAGUCCCGCCUAUUAAAAGCUCCUCACAAUUCAGCCCAUGGCUGCAAAGAGAGCGUAGUCGGCCCUCCCAAUAUCAAUAACAACCAUGACGCUGAACAGUUCACAGUCAAGCUCUGAGUUUUCACAUCAAAGCGUUGAGUCAAAAAGUGCUUUAUUUCUCACUCGCAACAAAUACCAAAAAGAACAGACCUAAAAUUUACAAACACCAUCAGUUUCACAACGCAACCAAGCAAAUAUGGUUUUCCACUAGCUCACCACGUGAUAUACUUUACAACACUUUCAUGAGGCACAAGAAACGUAUUCUAUAGACCUUCUAAUAACAGCAUGAAAACAUACUCAGGUAUUGAUCAUCAAGUUCUAUCUAAAGUUGGCCACCGUCUUCUAGGAUACAACAAACUUGUUGUCCGUUACAGAUACUGCAUUUAGUCAGGCCAGACUGUGAUUUUCAAAGCCAAGUUCAAACUUUGGAUACUACAUUUCUGGCAAAAAAGCUACAAAUGAAAUGUAUUCUAUGGAAGUACACGAAGUUAACCUACCAUGGAAGUACAUGUAGUUGAUACACAGAGUCUGAACAUGAAUCUUUCAAAAAGGCUUGAUACACUUUGCAGAGAUACACACAAAGUAGCUGCAAUUACUACUUUCACCACUAAGUAUAUAGCUACAUGUCUGUCCUCAAAACUACUUGACUACUUACUAGGCUUUUAAUAUCUGCAAGGAGCUUUUGCACAAAUUUAAAUCUCCUUGGUUUCUGUCAUGGCUGAAUCAUACAAUGCCGUGUAUUUGUUCUGUUCUAGACUUUCACUCUCAUACAAGAUUUCUCUCUGUGUCUAAAGAGUCAUUUUCUUUCACACCCUUUAUCUUGUACAUCAAAAAUAUAACUCUUUUCUCCAUUUCUACCUGUAAGGUAUAGGAGAUAGCCUUACUUAUACAAUCGUUGUGUACUGCCUUUUUUACGCAUACUCUUCUUACACUGAAGACGGAACACAGAACUAACAACUGUAUGGUGCAAUCUCAUUAUUUUCUUGACAUCAUGUUACUUUUCCUCUGUUAAUUCAACAACUCUUUCACAAUCUCAAAAUACAUGAUUGUGUGCACAUUUAGUUCUGUAUUACUUCAUUACUGCAAUGAAAAGUUAAUAUAAUAGCAACACAUCAACUCAACACUUUUGUCAAGUGGUCACAUUUAUGUACACAAUGUAUACUGUACAGCACAGAAGCUAGUAAACGUCUUCAAUUUAUACACAGAACUAUAACAAUACACAAAAUAUACAUAAUAUUCAUGAUCAUAAUAUAUUGCACAAGUCCAACACACGUAGAUAUACAUGAGGUAAUAUGUAGAAGUAAACAAUGAUGCACAUGUUAAUGUUAACUCUGGGUGGGUCUAUACAACAACAUUAUAGGAGGGGUACAAGUACAACAACCUACCUUGAAUAUGGCAAUUAGUUACAAACUUAA